AUGGCGCGCGCUGCAAUAAUCCCACGAUCCCCUGCAAAACGGGCGGUACGAACUUCAACCAAAUCGACAGCUGCUGCCGAUGCAAAGAAGAAAGCUCCCCGAAGAGCAAUUCCAGCACCACGGGCUGCGCCCCCGACCGAUGAUGAGUCCGAUGACGAGCUGGGGCUUAUCACAAGUAAACCCGCAAGACCUAGUGGACGUCCUCCUGGCCGACCAGCUACCAAACCAAAAGCGACUGGAACUGUGACUGCGCGAGGAAGGAAGGCUUCCUCGGAGUCACUCACCGACCAGUCAAAACCCCAGAACAACACCCGCAAAGAUGAGAUAGGAGAAACCGAGGCACCAAAAAAGCGUGUGGGAAGACCGAGAAAGAAUCCGUUGCCCGAAGAAGCUGCUACGACUAAGGCUGAGGCAGCGCCGAAAACAAGGGGACGACCAAGAGCGGGAACAAUAGUGAAGACCUCUCAGGCCAGUGAAACUACGGCCACGAGCAGACGGACACGUGCGGCAGUCGAUACAGCGAAUGAGACGAAAUCGAACCAAAUUAGGAUUGCAACUAACUCGACAACUAUACGCUCAAAUCUUCUACGUGGGCCCGCCAAGAAGAAGACAGUGAAAUUCCAGGAUGUCUCGGGCUCCGAAGCAGAGGAAUCUGCGCCCGAGGUUUCUGCUGUCGGCCGUCGACGGGUAGCUACCAAGAGUGCGGGCGUUGGCAAGACCGGCCUUGGAGCCACCCCUGUUAGCAAGCCUGUGGCAACCGGCACUCGCGGAAGGAAACCAGCUGCAGCGAAGAAGGAUACGGCCCAACCAUUAUCUCCCAAAAAGGCCAAGCAGGUAGCCAAGUCUCUAUCAGCCUAUGCAAGCUCCGACGGAGAAGAAGAUGAAUUGAACACCAUUAAGGACGAUACCAAGGGCUUGGUCAGACUUGUUGUUCACUCGCCUGUUAAGCGUGGUUUAGAGACUACUGGACUGAGCUCUCCUGUACGGAGGAUCAAUUUUACACCCAAGAAGGCGUCCAGCUUCAUGGACGAGAAUGGCGAACCGAAACUACCAACCCCAAAACACGGAUCAGACGGCAUCGGUCUUAGCUCCCCAGUCAGGAAAAUCAACUUUGCACCGAACCGCAGCCAGAACGCAGUCGCAGAUAAUGGUCACCUCGCUCUUCCAUCUGGAAAUUCGGUUGUUUUCAGCGAUUCUAUGAUCAUGUCUAGCCCCGCAAGACGACCAGCGCCAUCAUCUCCCUUCCAAUUCUCCAUGAAAGACACCCCGAAUCGUGGAGGUUCCCUCUUCCGGGACAGUGUGAAUCCAAUUGCCGCACCCGACUUUACACCCGGACGUGUUUCUCCACUGAAGAUGUCACCUAAGAAGGGUUUGGGUGCUAAUUUCUCGCAAUCGGCUUUCAAGGCUUCCACACCAGUAGCCCUUGCUCGAACUCCCUUGUUUCAGAGCCCCGCAAAAAGAAUACCUUCGCCAUUCAAAAACUCGAUAUUUUCCACUCAUACAUCCGUGGUGGACAAUGACGGAACCCCCCUUAAGACGGUUGAACGCCCACAAUUCACCACCCCCAAAUCCUCGCCACGGACAAGCCAGCCAGACGAGGCAGCCUUUGAAAAGGACACUGAAAUGGUCGAAGAUGUGGCUCGAGACAUCUUUGGAAUUGAGCUAUCUUCUGAUGGAAAGGGAUCAUCAAUUUCUCCCAUCCAGAAAGAUAUUGCUGCCUCGGAAGUAGCUCCAGACUCAUCCAAUGAUGGAAACACCGACCCUCUCCCUGCGGCGGUGGAGGCGGAGGCCGAGGGAGAGUCAGAACUGGAAGAAGACGAAAGUGAAUAUCUUCAAGAUAAGGCUCAGCCGGAGGAUGAAGAGCCUGAAACAAUUUGCUUCGACGCGAUAGAAGAGGCCAAUAUGCCAACUGAGGACCACUAUGAUCAAAAUCAGCAGGAAGAUUCAGGUUCCGUUAGCGAACAACUUCAAGACCACACUCAGUUUGACCGCGAGGAAGCCGAUACAAUCUGCUUUGACGACAUGGAAGAGGCCCAAUUGGCAGCGCAUGAUAUCCAUGACCAACAAGUUCAGGAAGCCUCGGAUUCCGAAGAAGAUGAAGAGCUCCAAGAUGAGAACGAUUUUGAAUAUGAGGAGCUUGACACAGUUUGCUUUGACGCCAUGGAAGAGGCCAACAUGCCAACCGAGGACCACUAUGAUCCAGAGCCUCAGGAAGACGCAGGGCCCGGAGCUAGUGAACAACCUGAAGACCAGGCCCAAUUCGACCGCGAAGAAGCCGAUACAAUCUGCUUUGACGCCAUGGAAGAGGCCCAACUGGCAGCGCGUGAUAUCCAUGACCAACAACUCCAGGAAGCCUCAGACCUAGAGGAGGGUGAAGAUGUCCCUGACGAGAGCGAAUUUGAAUACGAGGAGCUUGACACAAUUUGCUUUGACGCCAUGGAAGAAGCCCACCGCGCGGAGAAUGACCUAUACCACGAAGAAGAUCAGGUUGACUCAGUCAUGGAGGACACGAGUUAUUCUGAGGAGCUGGCAGUAUUGGAGAAGGAGAUUGAGGAGGAAGAACUCCGAACUUUUGAUACAGGAUUCCGGUGCCAAGAAUCGACUCCAGAACCUUUGCGAACUACGGAGAUGCAAGAGCUAAUGGAAGAGGGGCCGAAUGAACUCGCUUCGCCCUCAAAAUCACCAUUGCAUUUGACCAGUGGCGAUGAAGUCCAGCGGACAGUUGACUUAGAUCAUCCCUUAGAGAGUGAGCGUGAGUGGCAAGAAGAGGCCACUCACCAACCCGAGGACGAGGAACAAGUGACGAGCGAGGAAAGCGAAGUGGAAGAUACUGAGUCUAUCCUAGCCGCGCCUGCGUUUUCUACAAUAUCGUCAAAGCCUGCCUCACCAUAUGAGAGCAGCCAUGUUGAGGGUAUUACAACCCCACUUGAAAGGACGCAAGCGACUCCUUUGUCAAAACCAAGUUUCGCGGUCGGCGAAUCUACUCCAUUGUCCGUAAAUCGCCCAGACAACUCAGAGAAUGACCAUGGCUCCACCCUCGAUGCCAAGAAUGCCAAUAACGUCAUAAUUGACACGCCCCUGCAUGAAGAAAAUAGCUGGAAACCAAACACCCAGGUUGACAGUCCUGCUUUAAUGGCACCCAGUCUCUUCAACACACCAAGCGUUGCAGGUCAGCAUCAAUCCCCUGCUGAGGCUAGCAUAGGCUUUACACCACUGGCACAAAAAUUUGGUCGCUGGGAACAAAAUACGCCUUCCCAAGCUAGAUCACUCCGACCGCGUCGCCGUGGAGUCUUUUCAUUAGUAGGCCCCUUGGAUCGCACCAACAAGGAAACUCCGGCGAAUUCUGGUACUGUUCCGUAUCCUGAUUUGUCAAAGAGCCCUUUGGAAAACCCGCCCUCUUUGUUUGCCGAAUUACCAUCUCAACCUCAAAGCGGUACUACUUGUAUAAGCCCCGAUUAUGAACAGACUCCACGGCCAUCUUCCAUUUAUGAAGACCAUCAAAUAAGAGAUUCUCCAAGCACACGCACGGAUAUAUUCGAGGAUCCUGACUCGGGAAAUAUUGAACUGGAGCAUACUUGCGUCACUCAAGUCCCGCAAGAUCAGGAUCAAGACUUCCAUCUACUCGAUGACAAAGAGAACUGUGGUCCUCUGAUUCUUCCUUCAACCCCAAUGAAGGCUCACGUCCAGCCCGACGAAUUACGCACCAUUCAUACUGUCUCAAAAGUGCCUUUGAAGGCUGAAGGUGACAUAUCCCCUCUCAAGCUGCGCCGCAAGAGAGGUCUGUCCCCCGCGAGCCCAUCUCCCACUCGGUCUUCUCCGCGUGUUCGCAAGCCAAUCUUCAUGGCACUCAACGAUAGUGUACCUAUUCUGUCUCCUUCUCGGAAACCUCCACGGGUGAGCAGAAGUCCGACACCAAAGCGCCGUUCUGUCACAAAUAGACGCAGCAGUGUAAAAGCACCAGUGAUGGCUCCGCUCAGUAAUCCUGUCGCAACCGCCAGUCCUGCCAAGAAGCCACGUCGUAGUAUGAGCACCGAGCAGAUGGCUCUGCAUGGAGCAGUCGUGCAUGUGGAUGUUCAUACCACCGAGGGUGAGGAUGCCUCUGGUAUUUUUGUGGAACUUUUGCAGCAAAUGGGUGCUCGGUGUGUGAAGUCCUGGUCUUGGAACCCUCGUUCCAGUCUCUCGCCAAGUGAUGGUGUAGAGCCCAAGGACUUGAGAGUUGGCAUCACGCAUGUUGUAUACAAGGAUGGUGGCCUGCGAACUCUCGAGAAAGUCAAGAAGGCAGCGGGUCUUGUCAAGUGUGUUGGAGUCGGCUGGGUCCUCGACUGUGAACGGGAAAACCAAUGGCUUGAUGAAACUCCGUACGCGGUUGACAGCUCUAUCAUCCCGCGCGGAGGCGCUAAGCGCCGCAAGAGUAUGGAGCCUCGUGCACUAAGCAAUGUGAACGGAACACUCGUGCGCAUCUCUGAAUCUCCCGCGCCAUCUGCCGGCGGACGUCGCAGUGGUGUCAAUCCCGGUGCCGUUGAGGGUUUCCGCAAGAUCACACCUCCGACCCACCAACAGGAGAUGCCGUCCACACCCCAACGACAAUCUUCUUCUGAUAAAUACCAAUUCCCUGCUACUCCGGGAUACAACUUUGCCAACCUUGAUGCCAUUGGCAUGUCGCCCGCUACACCAGGAUUCCUUGGGAACCGCUCCAAGCUUAUCCAGCAAUCUUGCCCGCCAAAGCAGAGCAAUCGAGGACUAUUCCCGAGUGCUAAGCCUGCGAGUACCUUGCUCGAUGAUGGACAAGAUGAGGAAUCUAGGAGACAGCGCCGCUUCCGCAUAGAGGCUGCCAGGCGCAAGAGCCUUGUUUACAAGCCUGCCGUCGGUAGUCCUCUCGUUCCUUGA